AUGGCAACAGGAAAAGGGUUUAUAUUCGGAGGGGUGAUAGUGGUGAACGGCAUCGAAAGUGUUGUAGACGACAUGUGGAUGUACGACUUUUCAGCUCAGACUUGGAGCGCCAUGUCCUUUGAACAAGGAUUCCAAUAUGUUUCAACAGGCUGCGUCAGUACGGUUGGAAACUUAGUUCUACCUGGUGCACGAGCUGGUCAUAGCAUGGUGGGCGCGUCGUCCUUUGCGCUCAUGUGUGGAGGGUUUUCAGGGUUCAAUGGGUCCUCGCACACGUAUCGAAACAAUAGCAGCCUCCUCGAUUGCUUCUGGUUCUCCUAUGAUCCUUUUCCUCAGUGGAAGCCUCUGCAAGCUAUCGGUCAAGCGAUCCCCACGCAACGAUGGGGACACAGCAUGGCUUACAGCGAUCUGAACAUGAUCGUCUUGUUUGGGGGGGUCUCUCGAGAGUCUUCAAACGCUCUAGGAGACUGUUGGUAUCUCGACUCAUCUGUGGAUCCCUUUGCCGGGGGUCGGUACUCCUGGAAGUCAUGCGAUCCCCAUGUCAAAUCCUUGUCACCUCCUCCGAGGUUCGGCCAUCAGUCUGUGAUCUAUUCCAACUCCCAAACACUCUACAUCUAUGCAGGAUAUGUGUUCAAUGGUCUGGAUGGCAUCGUGCUACAAGAUGACAUGUGGGUGCUUCAAAACUUCAACCAACCAGACAUCUCACAGUGGAAGCGAAUAAUGUCGGCAACCAACAAGCCGAAUGCUCGGGCCUUCUUCAGCAUGUGGAUCGAGGGCUUCACUAUCUACAUCCAUGGCGGGCAGGGGUCGGGAGGCGUCGGCCUUUCCUCGGUGCUCUCGGAUACCUGGGAUUACAACAUCCUCACCAACUCAUGGAAGCAAUAUGCUGUCUCAGAAGCCGCUCCCGGCGUUUCACAUCAAGUAGUGAUCCAGUCUCAAAGUGACGGCGGACAGACCGUUUCCUUUGGCGGCAUUCUUGGAGAUGGAAUGCCCUCCGGGUAUGUGGGUUCUUUCGUACCAGCCGAUGGAUGGAGCAAGGUCCUGCCGUCGGGGAAUCAUCCAGUGGCGAGGAGCGGGCACAUCGCGCUCUACGACGAGUCUUCGUCCAAGAUGGUCGUCACCUUGGGGUUGGCGGUGGGCCCGCGACUCUUGGACGACUUGUGGGAGCUGGACCUGACUCUCUUCAAGUGGACCUGCCUUCGAGGCGACCUGCCUUCAUGCCAAGCCCCUGUGACUGCGAUCGGGCCGGGCAAGCUGGCACACGCUGCGACCUCUCCCUCCGGGAUGUGGUCCUUGACGUUUGGAGGCAUCACCUCGUCAACGGCAAGCUGUCCCGGGAAGUCGUACAAGAGCAAGACCUUCGUGGCCAUCAACGACUUGUGGAUCUUUGACCUCGUCGCUCUCCAAUGGCUUAAAGUUGACCCAGGAGCCUUGAAGCCAGCAGCGCGCGUCUUCUCUACCAUGGUAGUCCUUGGGCAGUUGGAGUCUGUGAAGAAUGCUGUGUUGAUGGUGGGCGGAGCUCAAUGGGACUGUUUCCAUGCGAACCCGAGUUGCGAUGUUCCGCAACCCUUGAAUGAUGUCUGGAUGAUCGACAUGGCAAGAAAGGAAACGAUUCCAGGAGAAACGAUGGUGACGUUCGAUGGGAUGGAUGAUUUCAUAUCUGUGCAGCUGCCUUCAUGGUGCGGAGACAAGACAAGCCUUUCAAGCUUGUGGAUGGAUUCUUGGCUCCUUGUCAACUCCAACGCUUGUGGAAACAUCAUUCUCUUCGAUCUGAACAAUGGUCCAACAACCAUGCUCAGGACAUUCAUACAGAACACGAAUGAAGGAACUUUCAUCGUCCUGUUACUGCAACCUGGCAAGAACGAGAUUGUUGUCAAGAAGUGGGGCCCUCUCGCUCUGCCACUGGCGGGGAGAUGGCACCACCUGUGCUUGAGCCUGAGGUUUGGGAGGGUGUACUCCUCCAUAGACUCGCUGCCAGACGCGCUGAUCGCUCAGUCCUUCCUCUUCAUCGACGGCAAACGUAUGCAAGAGAACGAGAUUGUGCCCUUCGACCCGGACGUCACCACAUCUCUUCGACUCACCACCGGUCUGACUCACGUCUUCUAUGGCGGGAACGACCCCUCGUCUCCAACAAGCUCGUACCAGUACUUCACUGGUAGCAUGGGCAACUUGAGGGUUUGGUGGCCUGCUUGUCCUCCAAGAGAGGACCCCUCUCGCUGCAACCCUUACGCCUUUACAUACUCUCAGCUUCAGGACGGCUCGAUGUCUUCCAAUGCCAUAGAUCCCUUAACAAACCAAGAGGACCAAGUUGAGAUCUGGCAUGUCGCGAUGCCGGUGUAUCAGAACAUGCUUUCCGGCUCGGUGAGGGCACAAGAUCAAGACAUGCUGCUCGUGGAUCUUGAAUUCAGCACACACUUCUCAGCCAACGGGGUUGCCAAGAACAAAGCCAACGGAGGUCCCGCCGCCUGCGAAUGUGUCGAUGGGAAUCAAAAUCAGCAGAGCUGCACGAGAAAGUCCUUUCUCACUGCCACAUGUGACGGAUGUCCGAAUGCAGACGCUUGUGUAUACGACAAGUGCCAAGAGUUUGACUUGGAUUGCGCCGCGUCCAUGUCCGUCACCUUCGACGAGCCAGUCAUCGCGGGUUACGCAAGGGACGGAACUUGCGAAUGUCUGGAUGCAAAGAAAUGCCCAAGCAAGAUAAAGGACUGCUCUUGUCCGACCGGCCUCUUCCGAGUCUGCGCCUCCUGCACUGCUGGGCUCUACUUCGACUCCGUGGACUCAGUCUACAAGGCCUGCAACCUGACAACCAACUCAACGGAGUCUUGUGUCGCUGUUGACGUUGAAUGGUGCCCCAGUGACUUCUGUACCCAGUGGACCUGCAGCUGCUUCAGCCCCUUGAACUCAAGCACAACCUACGGCUCUCUCCUUCGCCCCGACACCCCUGGGUCGAUCAACUUCAAGUGUUACACCUGCUCUUCCACCUCUUCCUCUUCCUCUUCCAACUAUUCCUACUAUUCUUCCUACUAUUCUUCCUACUAUUCUUCCUACUAUUACUACUUCAACAACGACCAAUAUGCAACAGGAGAAACCUGUUGCAAGCAUAUUCACUUUUGCAUGCAAUGGACGGUACAGCCUGAUGGCAGCUGGAUUUGUAGUGGAGACAACUUUCUGGGCAAUGCUACUGGCUGCAAUGUUGGCUCAUGUUGUCUUCCUAAUUGGAUGUUAGCGUCAACAACUGGCUCAUCAGAUUCAACAUCUCAGUCACAGUCUUCAAACUCCUCUUCAUCGACGUCAAACACUAGCUUGCAAACAAGCGCAAGGAUGCACGAGGCUGGGGUCGAGAGAGUGAGGUGGGAACACAAGAAGGAGUUUGCGAGGAAGUACCCUAAGAGGCAUGGCAAACAGCCUGCAAGCUCGUCAGCUAGCAUCAGAACUUCAGCAGCAUGCAGUCUUCCUUUCACUUCCUACGUCUUGACGGCAUUUCAAUUCCAAUAUCAAUACGGAUUUGACGUCAGCACGUGCGAGCCAUAUCUCGCGCAGCUCCUCAAUCUUUCGAGCUUCCAGUUCGACUACCUCGCCUCCACGUCAAGUGACACAGUCGAGUUGUUUGUCAACGUCUCCCUCGCCGACGCGUCCGCUGUGUUUCAAGAAGUACAGAGCACAUUUAGUUCCGCACAGCAAACCUGGGAUUACUACGGCAAUUACCUGUCGCAAUGCGGCAGCAUCCAGUCAAGCUAUGUUGACCCUCAGCCUCAUGUCUGCGGGGACGGCGUCAAAGUCUCCUCCUCCUACGGUCAGGUGCAGUCUCCCUCCUGCUACCUCGAGCAAUGUGACCUGGGCUCUCUCAACGGUCCUGGCUCGAGCUGUACCUCCAGCUGCAAGUGCAUCCCCAACUUCGUGGAGACCUCUUACGACUUCUGCAUCUGCAGCAACGAGAUCCAGUACUCGUUCACCGGGCAGUCUUCCGACGAGACUCCUGGCGCCAACAACACGCUGACCUUGCGCAUGGUAGUGGAUGAGGCCGUCGACCCCAUCAACGGGCUGAGCGUGCAGGCCAGUCAGCAGAACCCCAUCGUCUUCACCAUCACAGGCCUUGUAGGGACGCAGACGCCGAGUGGAUUGCUCUCGGUAUCCUGUCCCAGCAUACAGCGCAACUUCUUGUGCGGAGGGCAAGCGUGCGGCUCCGGGGCCGAGUGUCCGGGCGUCUCAGUCUGGACUUCGAGCUCUGGGCAAGAGAUCGGGAAGGCAGAGUGGAGCCAGCAAGGAACUCUUAAGUUCUCUGUCACCAGCUCCCUGCAGUUCUCACCUCAAGAGACGCCCAUGAUAGAAGUUUCGUUUCUUGUUCGUAACGGUCUCACGCCCAGGGUGCCGAUCAGCAUCGUUUCUCUCUCGUGCUCGAGCUCGGGGAACCUGACUUACGUCCCCUUCACCGGGUCGAGCGCCCUGCUGACCUUCAACCAUAUCUCCUUGACUCCGGGUCAAACUUCUCUGAUCCAGUUGAUACAGCCCGACGGCAUAACAGCGCCGGUGGGAGAGGUCGUGACGGAUGCGCAAGACGCGGCAGGGUCGGUCAGCAUCCUAGAUCAGGCUCUCUUCAUGGGCUUGACGUCAGCCAUGGUGGGGAAGCUCUCGCAGAACGAUACCCUCACUGGCUUCGACAGCUUUGCCUACAAGAUCAGUUCGUCAUCUCCCACCUUCUCAGGAAAAAUCUCUCUCGGGGUGAAUGACACUGUCCGGAGGUCGACCGGCGGCUGCACCAUAACGGCAGAUCAUGCGCUCAAGGUUUGCCUGCCUGGCGAGGCGAGCAUCGUCAUGUACAACCAGAGCUCGCAGCUGUGGUUCAGAGUAGCGAACAGCACUGCAUACAUGCCCUCCGACACAGCCACAGGCACCUUCACUCAGCCUGGAAUCUACACGGUCGUGUCUAGUCCCAUGUGCUGCCUGUUGAAUGGAAACGCAAAAUCGUGCGGUGAGAGGUUGUGCUUGCCACAGGAGCCCAACAACAAGGAGCUCGUCGCUCUGCUGGGAGGAGGAGUGGUGUCCCGCAUGCCUCUCGCCGAGCAGACAACAAGGCCGGAUGUCUCCUCCAUCUCUGACCUUGACAGCUAUCAGGCAAACUUCUUCCUCCCUGACCACACCUACCGCCCUCGCUCCGGCUGGAAACAAAUCUGUCCGGGCGGCGCCUCCUCCUGCUCCUCGUCCUUGGCGAGCGCGAUCUGGCCCUCGGCUCGCUUUGGGCAUGCGGGAGUAGCCACUAGCUUUCAGACUGUGCUGAUCUUCGGGGGUUACGGGUGUCUGACGACCGUCACAGUCAACGGGCAGCAGGUCUGCGCCAACCUGACGGCUCCUCUCAACGACCUCUGGGAGUUUAACCUCGACAAAGCGCUCAACGGUCUGAACCCCUUCACCCUCAUCGAGCUGAGCCCCGCCCUGCAAGGGAGGGUAGGCAUGUCCAUCAUCAACCUCGGUGCUGCUGAUCAUAACAUCUUGAUCAUCGGAGGAUCGUUCUCAGACUACAACCCCUUGAACCUCCUUCAAGAGACCCCCCAGCCCUUCACGUCGAGCGCCAUGGAGUUGGAUCAAGUCGACUACAACGCCGGCACCACCGUGCAGAGCAUCGUAACGACUUCGUCUCAGAUGUUGGGUCAGAGCGUGAUUCAGAACAGCACGACAGUGAUUCUUUUCAGUGGUUUCAUCGCAAAUACACUCAGCAGCGCCAUGCAGACGAUCAAUCUCAACGCUGCUGACAUGUCUCUUUCCCUGUCCAAGAUGCCCAUCUAUGCCGAGAGCCCUUCACCUCGUGGCUUCUCAGGUCUUGCUAAGCCGGACUCAACCUCCCUUUUGGUGUUUGGAGGCAUUCAAAGCUACAAGGGCACCAGCGACCUCUGGCUCUUUGACAUCUCAACCCAAAACUGGAAGCAGAUUCACAAGACGCAGGCCACUGCCGAGACUCCGCAGCCUGUUGCCUUCAACGCGUUCGCCUCCGCGGGCAGCAUGAUCGUGUCCCACGGCGGGAUCGUCCAGCAGUACGUCAGUGGCGUCACUUUCGUGCAUCAGGGCGGCAACUCGAGCAAUCAUGUGACGGCCAACGGCAACCUCUACUUUCUGAGCUCCAUGACCAGCGUUGACCCUGCGCACUGGUAUGGCGCGAUCCCCCGAGCAACCUCCGGCUCCUUCGCUGCCCGAGCCAUGCACACCCUCGCUCACGGUCAGUUCCUGCCUGGCGUCGACUCGCUCAUGGUCUACGGGGGGGUAGGGGCCCAGGGACAAGCUCUCUCGGACCUCUGGAUGAUGGACCUGUCGCAGAAGGAGCCUGGCAUCGCCAUCCAAGUGAUCUUCGACAACAUAACCCUUGCUCUGCUCAACACCCCACAGGCAACCACAGACGUAGCCACUCUCAUCAAUGCCUUCCUGUCCAUACAGCAUGGCUUUCCCUCCAUUAAAUCUCAGGUGUACGACAGCGUUCGCGUCCAAGGGUAUCCGAGCAGCAAUCAGACUGUCAUUGUGACCUUCUCUGUCUCAGCGAUUGAUGCAGCCUUCCUCUAUCAGAAGUUGUUCACAGCCAACGUCAAUUGGAAGCAAACCAUCAUCAGCAUCAUGCAGCAGAUCAAGUUUUUGUACUCCUCCUCUAAGGUCCGGGUUCCCUCCUUCUCCAUGCUCGCCAACAUGGUCUUCUCCCCUCUCAACAGAAAGCCGUCAGAUGUCAACACGACUUCCUUCUCGGGUUAUGUUCUCCAGGGCAUCAAGGACUACCUCCUCCCAGCCUACAGAUUCAGCAGCUCUUUCCUGUGCACGCCCGGAUCCAACCAGAAGUGCAUGCAAGGGGUCUGUCAGAACAGCACCGGGGAGAUCAGCACCUGGUACACGUACGUUGACUACUGCUACACGGGGAGCUGGUGGUGCUCGGCUCCGUACAAGUGCACGUUGACAGGACCGCUGCACGGGCAUCAGGGAGUAGCUUUCAACUUCCAGGGCCUGACAACCACCUACCUUAUCUUCGGCGGAGAGAAGACCAACUUGAUCGACAAGGGAAGCAAGGGAAAGAACAACCCAGGAAAGGGAACCUUGAGCAAUGACGUUCAUUCCACCUACUUCACCUCCAACUUGGCCACUCAGAUUCGGCUUGUUACCUCCUGUGACUUCUCCGGGAACUGCCCAUCUCCUCGGAGGGAUGCGGCCGUCUCUCUCCUGGGAAACACAGGGAGCUUGUGCACUAGUGGUUGUGAAUCACCCAUGUACCAAUACCUUGAAGACAAGCCAAACUCUGAUCUCGUCGUCUAUAACGAUCUUUGGUACCUGGACCUGAACAAUCUGUCCUUUCAGUGUCUGUCGACAGGGAGCUGCUUCGACUCCAUCCUUCAAUGGAAUCUGAUCGAGGUUCUUGGAUCUCAGCCCUCCAAGCGCUUCGGAGCAGGGAUCGUCCUCGACAACACCAACUUCUACCUCUACAUCACGGGCGGAAUCAGCUACUCUUCCUCCACCUUCUCGGAAGACGGAGAUCUCUACCUCUUCCAGCUCAAGGACGCCUACUACAAGAGAUGCAGCGCUACUGGCCAAGGGCUGACCAUCGCCAAGGCAGGAGUCAAGACCAUGUUCUGGCUCCAGUGUCAGGAUAUCUUCGGACAGCCGGCCGACGGAGCUAAGUUCUCUGUCAUGGUUGCAGGGACCAACCUGCCCAGCAUCUCUCCAUCUGUCUCCAGCCUUGGCAUGGGGCAGUACAGCUGCACCUACACGCCGGUCAAGGCAGGGGAGUACACCCUCAGCAUCAUGGUAGGGCGAGGCGGCAAGGACUACCAGGACCUCAUCGCGGGCUACGACGCCCAGCCGACCAACUCCAUUAACGAGUUCGAGCCUCUCAACGGCCGGCCCAACCCCAACCCCUUCUCCCUCUCUGUUGGCCCGGGCCCGACUUACCCCUCGGCCUCCACUUCCAACGGCGACUUGACGCUGACCACUUGCGGGGUGAUGGCGAGAUUCACGGUCACGGCUCGAGAUGCGUUCGGCAACCGGCGGCCGGGAGGAGACUCCGUUGACGUCGUCAUGACGCUGUGGAACCUCCUUACCAUGUCCCCGUUGAACUCCAACCUGGUGCCCAGCACAGCAAGGGUCCUCGACAACAAGGACGGGACUUACAGCGCAAGCUAUCGGAUCACUCGGGCCGGGAGCUACUCCUUGCAGAUCUCCUUCUCCGGGGCUGUGGGGGCGGGCUCUCCUUUCAUCCUCGAGGUCAACUCCGCCAUCGCCGAGGUCAGCAACACGUACGCCUACGGCGAGUUCUCCAACAUCGUGACGGGACAGGCGUCGACCCUGUUCGUGCAGACUAGAGACAAGUACGGCAACGACAUCCGAGCGAGCCCGGACGCCUUCCCUCAGGGCACCGAAGAUAUCCAGUUUGAGAUGUGCGAGUCCUUCGGAGCUGACCCGACGCUCCCGUGUGCUGGAGGGGUGCAGCAGAGCAGUGUCGGCAUCACCAUCGACUAUGCCGUCGGGCCGACGGGACAAAAGACCUCGCCAGUAACCGGCAUGCCCUUCUACGGCCUCUAUCGCAUCACCUACUUUCCCUUCAAGUUCGGGAUCGUAACGCCCGAGGUCAAACACAACGGCGUCUACGUGCAGUGCUUCUUCGAUACCAACGGACAGACUUACUUGUCCAUGUUCCCCAACCAGAGUCAGAUUGACACCUGUGUCGCUCAGCAAAAGCUGACUGCUGCAGCUACAUCGCGGAGACGACAGUCGAUGAAGAUCGAGCAACAAGGCAGGGAGGUCAGGGAGGUCAGGGAGGUCAGGCGGUUUGGCCCGGGCCUGCAAGGAACGCCUUUCGCCAUCGACAUCCAGUCGAGCUUCAUCCCACCCAACUACUCGACGUUACACUACUGGCUCAUGUUGGCUCCCGUCCUAUGUGCUAUUGUUGGAUUUUCCUGCCAACUCAUCUCCCUCCUCUCCCAUGCCUUCUCGUCUCGUCAGAAUGUCAACUUGGACGGUCACUUCAACAGUCACAUCGCGUUCUUGUCAAACAGAGGAUGGUCAAUGUCGGGCAGGAGGUUGUCAACCUCGGGAAGCCGGAGAGUGAGCGACAGGAGCAGCUCGCAGCAAGCUCAUCUGAAGCAGGAGGAUGGCCGCUACCAACAUGAUUCCGAGAUCGAGCAUGCGCAGCAAAGCAACCUCGGGGCUGCAGGAGGGCAAAAUGAGGGAAAAGAACAUGCGAGAGGAAAGGGAAAACACAUCGAGAUGUCGCUGAGGGAGGACCUGAGGGAGCCCAUGCAUGUUUCUUAUCCCAUGCCUGUAGCUCACAAUGGCGAAGGAGGAGGGACGCAGGAUCGAUGGCUGAUUUCAUAUCCUGAAGGGCUAACGAAGAGGAAUGCGAGUGAGCAGGGUAUUGGACCCACUUCUGACUCCACCACUUCUUUGUAUAGAACCUAG